AUCCCCAUCUUCUUUGGCCUCUUCGAAACACUUCAACAUCCCAGUGACCCCGUAUAGCAGAUCCGUUGCUGUAUCAGGAGAAGUGCCCAAGUGCUGAGCUGCCGUCGAGCUUUUUUGGGAGGGACUUGAACUCGAUUGAGGGGCUCUUCAGGGGGCGCAUCCAGGGUCCAUUUAGCCAAGUGAAAGCUCUUCAACUGCGCAAUCCAUCAAUACCCAACUUGCCGACAGUAUUGAUCAGAGUAAGCUCAGACCUAAUACAAGGCCUUGCCCAUCUGGCCACGCUCCUUCUCAAGAUGAGGUUUAUUUCGAAAGGUGGCAUUUGGACGAAUGUCGAGGAUGAAAUCCUCAAAUCCGCCAUCAGCAAGUAUGGGAAGAAUCAAUGGGCUCGAAUCUCUUCUCUACUGGUGCGCAAGACCCCCAAGCAAUGCAAGGCAAGGUGGACAGAAUGGCUCGAUCCGGCGAUUAAAAAGACCGACUGGUCAAAAGAGGAAGAUGAAAAACUUUUGCACAUGGCCAAGCUUAUGCCAACGCAAUGGCGGACCAUCGCUCCAAUCGUUGGGCGCACCGCCAAUCAGUGCCUUGAACGAUACCAAAAGCUUCUCGAUGAAGCGGAAGCACGCGACAGAGCAGAGGGAGAAGGUCGCGAUGCUGGACCUUCAUCGUUGGGCUUGACGGGUGAUGGAUCAGGCGGUGCCGCACCCACUGCAGACGAUGUGCGUCGGCUGCGGCCCGGCGAGCGCGAUCCGGACCCAGAAACGAAGCCGGCUCGACCCGAUCCAAUAGAUAUGGACGAGGAUGAGAAGGAGAUGCUGAGCGAAGCGAGAGCUAGGCUUGCGAACACUCAAGGAAAGAAGGCAAAGCGCAAGGCGAGGGAGAAGGCAUUGGAAGAUGCCAGGCGAUUGGCAAUGCUUCAAAAGCGCAGAGAGCUCAAGGCUGCAGGUAUCAUUGUGCGACCUAAACCGCCAAAGAAGGGGAUGGACUACAAUGCCGACAUUCCGUUCGAGAAGCAGCCCGCUAUUGGCUUCUUCGAUACCUCAGAGGAGCAGUCUCGUUCUUACAAAGCACCCAUCGGCAAGACUGUAACGCAGCUCAACCGCGCAGAGCGGCCUUCCGACGACGAAGGCGGGAAGAAGAAGCGAGAGCGGGAAGCACAAGAAAGGGCACAAAAGACAGGCAAAGACUCUUUUGCCGGCCAAAAGGAGGAGCAGAUCAGGAAGUUGAAAGAGGCAGAGCAGAUCAGCAAGCGGCGGAAGCUCAAUCUACCAGCUGCACAAGUGGGUGACUCGGAACUGGAAGAAAUUGUCAAAUUAGGCCAAGCAGGCGAUCGCGCGAGAGACCUCGUUGCUGAUGGCAGUGAGACCAGUGAGGGCCUCUUGGGUGACUACUCUGCCCUCGAACGAGCCAAGCAAGCGCGGACCCCGCGGACAGCGCCUGAAGAAGACGUCGUCAUGCGCGAAGCACGGAAUCUGCGUAACAUGACCACUGCACAGACUCCGCUGUUAGGUGACGCCAAUGCCAUACUGCUGCAGGGUACCGGUCACGAAGGCGCAGCUCCCCGAGCUUCUGUCAUUCAGACCCCCAAUCCGCUUCUCACACCUGCUCAGCGUGCCGCUCGAGGCAUCUUACCUGGACAGACUCCCCUGAUGACCCGGGACGGAGUCCUUGCGACACCGUACACAGGUGCCGGCAGCGUUGCUACCACAGGUGCAAGUGUUGUUGGCCAGACGCCGAUGCGCACCCCCUUCCGCGACAGCCUCGGCGUCAACGCAGAGGACGGCAUGAGCGCUGUAGGUGAGACGCCACGCGAGCUUAAACAAGCACGUGCUGCGCUCAAGCGGCAGUUGCAGCUGGGUUUAGCCAGCCUUCCAGCUCCAAAAAACGAAUUCGACAUUCAGCUGGAAGACGACUCGGUCUAUCAAGAAGGUGACGAAGGCAAUGCAUAUGGCGCCACACAGGGGCCCGCAAGUGAAGAAGAUGCAGCAGCGCGGGAUGCACGCAUCGCAGCUCGGGCAGAGGAAGAGCGGCAAAAGGCGCUUGCUAGGCGCUCGCAAGCUGUCCAAAGGGGCUUGCCGCGACCCGCAAACGUCGACGCUGCCGCUUUGCAGACUAUGCUCGCUGCUAUUCCAACCGACGCGAGCUUCGAUGACCGUGCACAGAGGCUUAUUCAAUCAGAGAUGAUCAAGAUUCUUCAUCAUGAUUCUCUCAUGCAUCCAGUACCAGGCACGGUUCAGGCUGGCGCAUACAAGGGCCCACCGAUUCUUUCGCAUUUAUCCGAUGAGUCUCUCGCAAAUGCAAAGGCGCUCAUUCAGAAUGAGCUCGCCUCUGCAGUUGGGUUCCCCGGCGCCAACGAAGCUAUGCUACAGCGCCUCACCGUAUCUCUGGCGGACGAAAAUGGGCAGCUGGAAGCACUCGAACAAGUCCUUAAGCAAGAACGGGACUCGAUGGUUUGGCACGCACCAAUCGGCAUGUGGGUCUCCAAGACAGAUCUCAGCACUACAGACGUCCUGAAGGGCAAACAAGCGCUGUUGGAGAAGGACAGAGACCGCAUGUCGCAGAUGUCAGCAUCUGCCGCGAAGGAAGAAAAGAAGCUUGGGAAGAUUCUCGGAGGGUAUCAAGUCAGGUCAAGCAAUAUACAGGAAAAAAUAAAGGGAGGCUCCAGCGCCCUUUCCGAGGCGCUAUUCACACGCAAUGCCUUUGAGCACCUCGCUGCUGGCGAAGAGAUUGCGGUGCAGGAGAGAAUAUCACGACUCGAACAAGAGGUUCGCGGCUUGGAGGCCAAGAACAAUUUUGCUCAAGGCCGAUUCCGCGAACUCGACGAUGACCGGCGCAUUCUUCGAGAAGUAAUUGAGGAGCUGCAGGUGCAGAUUGACAUGCGCCAAGCCGAGCGGGCUGUCGAUCUAUUGGAAGAGGACGCAGCCUGAGUGAAUGCCUUCAAACUUGGACGAUGUGAAGAUACAUAUGCGUAAAAUGCUUGCAAGAUGUUCAUGUGUAUGAUCUAUGCUUUCAUUCUUAUCGAUGCUUGAUG